AACACCGCUCCACCCAGCAUGCCUACCGUCAACGUCGAUAAGCAAGCCCUCUUCAAGGCUCUCGAGAGAGACUAUACCUCAGAGGAGUUCAAUGAGCUUUGCUUCCGCUUUGGAAUUGAGCUUGAAGAAGAUACCUCCGAGAAGGAGAUGGCUGAACGUGGUGGUAAAAACGCCAGCGGAUUGUCUGACAGACCUUUGUUGAAGAUCGACAUUCCUGCCAACAGAUACGAUCUUUUGUGCCAGGAAGGUUUGGCGCGUGCUUUGCGCAUUUUCGAGGGUAAGCAAAAGGGCCCUGAGUACAAGCUCGUCAAGCCCGCCAAUGGCAAACUCGAACGUUUGAUUGUUAAGCCCGAGACUGCCCAGAUCCGCCCUUACGUCGUAGCUGCCAUUCUUCGUGAUGUUGCUUUCACCCAGGAGAACUAUAACAGUUUCAUUGAUCUCCAAGACAAGCUCCACAACAAUAUCUGUCGUAAGCGAUCCUUGGCUUCCAUGGGUACCCACGAUCUUGAUACCAUUAAGGGUCCUUUCACCUACGAGGCCCUUCCUCAUAAGGACAUCAAGUUUAUUCCUUUGAACAAGAAUGUUGUUAUGGACGGUGACCAGUUGAUGGAACACUACACCAAUGAUAAGCAUCUUGGCAAGUUCCUUGAUAUCAUUCGUGAAUCCCCUGUCUACCCCGUUGUUUUCGAUGCCAACCGCGUCGUUUGCUCUCUUCCCCCAAUCAUCAACUCUGAGCACUCCAAGAUCAAGUUGAGCACCAAGAACGUCUUUAUUGAAAUCACUGCAACUGAUGAGCACAAGGCCAACAUCGUCUUGAGCACUCUUGUUGCCAUGUUCUCCGAGUACUGUGCCAAGCCCUUUACUGUAGAGCCCGUUGAGAUUGUUUACCCCGACAACACUGUCAAGGUCACUCCUCUUAUUGAUCGUCGCCUUGCAACUGCCAAGAUUGAUUACAUCAACUCCUGCACUGACCUUUCGCUUUCGUCUGAUGAAAUCUGUGCUCUUUUGGGCAAGAUGUCUCUUGAGGCUUCUCUUAACCCCAAGGACAAGAACGAGUUGUUGGUCCAGGUUCCCCCUACCCGCUGGGAUAUUCUCCACGCUUGUGACAUUAUGGAAGAUGUUGCGAUCUCCUACGGUUAUGACAACCUCACCAAACGCAUGCCCAGUGUCAACACCGUUGCUUCUGCCCUUCCUGUCAACAAGCUUAGCGACCACGCUCGCAGAGAGUUAGCUCUUUCUGGCUUCACUGAAGUUGCUCCCCUCAUUUUGUGCUCUCACGAUGAGAACUUCAAGUUCCUUAACCGUGUCGACGACAACACCGAGGCAAUCAAACUUGCAAACCCCAAGACCAUCGAGUACCAGGUCGUCCGUACCUCUCUCUUGCCUGGUAUCCUCAAGACUCUCAACUCUAACAAGAAGCUUCCUCUUCCCAUCAAGCUCUUUGAGGUUUCUGAUGUCGGUUUCAAGGAUGAGACCAAGGAACGCAGAGCUAGAAACGAGAGACGCGUUUGUGCAACCUACACUUCCAAGGCCUCUGGUUUUGAGGUUAUCCACGGUCUUUUGAACCGUUUGAUGGAGAUGUUCAUGACCUCUCUUAUCAGCAAGUCCAGCACCAAGUUGGGCUAUUGGAUCGAGGAGUCUGAGAACCCUACCUACUUCCCCGGUCGUUCUGCUGAUAUUCAUCUCAGAUACGUGGACUCUGAAACAAACGAGCGCAAGGAAAUUGUGGUCGGUAGCUUCGGUGUUCUCCACCCCACUGUCUUGUCCAACUUUGAUUUGACUCACCCUACCACUGCUUUGGAGUUCAACUUGGAACCCUUUGUGUAAAAUAUAUAAAAAAGAAAAAAACUAAACCUAUAACAAAAAAAAAGAAGAGAGAAGGAAUUAAUGAAUUAAUGAAUUAAUUACAAAAUCCAAAUACAAAAACAAAGAAAAUAUUCGUAUAAUAAUUUUUUAUAAAUUC